UAUUUUCAAUAUAAAAAAUGUUUACGAUACAAACUCACCCUCGUCGUAACACCUAGCGUCAAUCGCCGGCUUCGAGAUUUGUUUUCUUCUCGUCCAACAUCAUCAUCGUUAUCAUCAUCGCACUGUGCCAUGGCCAUCACGCCCUCCACCUCUCUCCUCUCCUUCCUCCAACGCCUCCAAAAAACCGCCUUCGAAGCCUUCGGCGGUACCGAUUUCGAUCCCAAGACCUACGUCGACGUGCCUCUUAAGUUCGCACUAUCCGUCACCCAGGACGCGUUCCAGAAGCUCCCGCGUAACGCCAACGGCACCGUGGCGGCUGAAGAUUUAAAACGCUUUCUAGAAGCCUACUUCGGAGGUGCAGGGGACGAUCUGGUGCACCUUACCCCACACGAUUUCGUUCGCGAACCGGAGGGUUUCUUGCCCAAGGUCAAACACCCUCAGGUGCGGGCCUGGGCCUUGCAGGUCCAUUGGCUUUGGAAAAACUUGACCCGGAAAGUAUCCGAUGCGGUGCAGGCGCACCCGGACUUGCAUACGCUGCUCCCUCUCCCCGGUUCCGUUGUCAUUCCCGGUUCGCGUUUUCGCGAGGUUUAUUACUGGGAUUCUUACUGGGUUAUUAGGGGCCUGAUCGCGAGUAAAAUGCACGACACUGCUACUGCUAUUGUGACCAACCUCAUUUCCUUGAUAGAACAAUAUGGAUUUGUUCUUAAUGGUGCUAGAGCAUACUACACUAACAGGAGCCAGCCUCCCCUUUUAAGCGCUAUGAUUUAUGAGAUAUACCGUACCACCGGUGACGUGGAAUUGGUUAAAAGAUCUCUACCUGCACUACUCAAAGAGUAUGAAUUUUGGAAUUCAGAUAUACAUAAGGUGACCAUUUUGGAUGCUCAAGGUUGCACUCAUACCUUAAAUCGCUAUAAUGCAAUGUGGGACAAACCCAGGCCAGAAUCAUCCAUUAAGGACCAGGAAUUUGCUUCCAACUUCUCUAGUGUUUCAGAAAAACAGCAGUUUUACCGUGACCUGGCUUCAGCUGCUGAAUCAGGAUGGGAUUUCAGCACUAGAUGGAUGAGAAAUCCGCCUAAUUUCACAACAUUGGCUACAACUUCCGUAAUACCUGUUGAUUUAAAUGCAUUUGUACUCGGGAUGGAACUUAAUAUUGCCUUCUUUGCAAAAGUUGUUGGAGAUAAUGGCACUGCUGAACGGUUCCUGGAAAAUGCUGAUCUUAGAAAGAAGGCAAUGGACUCUGUUUUCUGGAAUGCAAACAUGAAACAAUGGCUUGACUACUGGCUCGAAAAUACAUGUGAGGAGGUUCAUGUUUGGAAAAACGGGCGCCAGAAUAAAAAUGUAUUUGCUUCCAAUUUUGUUCCUUUGUGGAUGAAACCAUUUUAUUCAGACACUUCACUUGUGGCUAGUGUCGUUGAAAGUCUCAAAACUUCCAACCUUGUCCGUGCCGCUGGAGUUGCAACUUCUUUGACUGAUUCAGGACAACAGUGGGACUUUCCAAAUGGUUGGGCGCCGCUUCAACACAUGCUAGUGGAAGGCCUUCUAAAAUCUGGGUCGCAAGAAGCAAGGUCAUUGGCUGAAGAAAUUGCCACCAGAUGGGUCACAAGCAAUUAUAUCGUUUACAAGAAAACGGGCUUAAUGCAUGAAAAACUUGACGUUGAGCAUUGUGGAGAAUUUGGAGGUGGAGGCGAAUACGUGCCCCAGACUGGUUUUGGGUGGUCAAAUGGUGUUGUGUUGGCAUUCUUGGAGGAGUUUGGAUGGCCUGAAGAUCGGAACAUAGAAUGCUGAUGUGCUCAGAAAUUGAAAGGUGGACAAAAAAUUAUGCUGCAAUAAUGUACUUGUACGAGAUAUUUGCAUGAGCGGGUGAAGAAAACUGGGUGAAUAAAUUCGUGAAUAAUUUUUUUUAAUAUAAAACUAUAUAUUAGCUUUAAAUUUUGUCAGUUUGGUUCAAAUUUUUAAUAUAAAAGUAGUUAACCAAAAUUAUAAACAACUAUGAUUACAAGAUUGUAGUUGGGCUUGAUAUCGUGUUACAGCAAUAAGGCUACGCUUUUGCUUCUUUUGCUUCCUGCACCCCAUCACUAAUUUUAG